AUGGAUUUGUAUGAACGACUGUCCUGGCCAAAAAGUCGAAUUUCCACGCCCUCAGAGUUUGACUCCAAGGAAGAGAGCGAGGGGCUGUUACAGCAAACUAGUCUCCUUCACCCAAGAGGGACAAGACUACGCAAGACUCUCGCCGGUAUCAGUGCAGCCCUCAUGCUCAUCGUUCUCAUGCAAAGCAUAAUUAUCUUUCGAAUGAGCAAGGUGGUAUCGGGCCAGCUUCCAAAAACAUCCCCCAACGGACUUUCCUACGCGAGGGACAAGGAACGACUAGCACACGUGCCUACACGUUUCUGGAACGGGGACGAGGGUGAAGAAGACAAGUCUUGGACAGCAAUUGAGGGAGGUCAUGGCCUUGUCUCAGUUUCACCCGAGUGGGCGUCGGAACGGGGUCUUCCGGAAACACUUGUGCAUCCCCGCGAUCCUUCGAAGCGAACUAAGGGUGCGGAUUCAAAAGCUAACCAUGCUGCCCAUCAGCAAACCCUUCGUCGGCAUUACCUGAAUCUACGACGAGGCGAAACGCCGGAUCGUCCCAUGGAACAUGAUCUUCACUGCUUUGAUUCCCUCCGCCAAAGUGUUAUGUGCCAGGCGAAUGAUGAGCUUUUGUAUACCACAGGGCAUAACGAUGCAGGCAUUAACCAAACUCGUAUGUGCCGAGAUUGGGAUGCACUGCGAGAGUGGGCGACCGGUUUCACAUCAUGUUAUCAUGACUAUGUUGCACCACCGGGAGAGACGAAAUGGGGAAAGUGUGACAACGGCAUGGAUGGCCUACCAUAUGGCUCGCUAUUAUCAUGA